CCACUAUCAACUUCAAUUAUUUGCCCAUCGACCCAGGCGUCCAGUAAAGUUCGCGAGCAAUUGCCAAUCUACGCAGAAACACUUUGUCUAUCCGAAAGCACCCCAGCUUCACGGGUGACGUACCCAGGCCUCCGAAUCGAGGCAGUCAGUUGCGCACGGGUGGUUCAAGACAAUCCACGAGCCUGCUGAGAGAGAGCCCCAGACCAGACCUAGGUUCAAGAGAGCUCGUCGCCCGUCUGUACCCGUGCUUUUCCAUCUUCAACACCUCUAGCCUUGGAUUUCGCCCCAAAGCCAGCUCUCAAUCAUUUGGGUACCGCUUGCACGAUUUCUGAUCGAACGAGGCUGGGUAAGGUACCUUUGAAUAUUGUAUCAGGGAGUGGGCGUGUUUGUCUAGGCUGAGCACAUUUCAACCCUCCCGAGAAACGAACCUAAACAGUUCCCCUUCAGAUAACCCUACGAUAACCCAGAAGUGAGAGGUGUCCUUGUAACCCUCCCGGUUGUCCCUAGAGGUACCUCAGUUACAGAAACCCACACAGCAGCUGCAGUCUUUAGGUGGUGAACUUCCCCAUAUUAGUCAUACCUGAAUAGGUGAUAUUGAUAUCUCGGAUAUUUACCAUCUACGCUUGGCGGCUGGCUGCGCGGUAAAACUGUUGGAACUCACCACACAUCCCUGGCCAACAGCCUGCAACACUUGCCGGAACAACGCAGGCAGCACCUAAUCUUAUUGAAGAGAAGACCAUGGGGGAACCCGUGUUGGCUGCUUCGGUUGCGAAGUCGACCACGAUGGAGGGAAGGAAUCUCAUCCUGCUCUAUGGAUCUGAAACAGGUAAUUCAGAGGAAAUCGCCAUGGAGCUGGCCAAAAUGGCGGAGAGAUUACACUUCAAUACUGUUGUUGGCGAAAUGGAUGACUUCAAGUUGACGGACUUGUUGCGCUACUCUUUGGCCAUCUUUGUCACCUCUACCACGGGCCAGGGUGAUAUGCCAAAGAACACAACCACGCUGUGGAAAAGUCUUAGACGUACCAAGCUCAACAAUACCAACUGCCUUGCACCUGUAAAGUUCUCCAUCUUCGGACUUGGUGAUAGCUCUUAUCCAAAGUUUAACUGGGCAGCGCGGAAGCUUCGUGUGCGACUUUUGCAACUUGGUGCUUCCGAAUUUUUUAGACCGGGCGAAGCUGACGAGCGACAUGAAAAUGGACUCGACAGCAUCUAUUUGCCCUGGUAUCAGGAGUUGAGAGAGUCAUUGUUAUCUCAAUUCCCUCUUCCAAAGGGCAUUGAGCCCAUACCAGACGACGCUCCACUUCCACCCAAGUACAACAUCCGGCUUGUGCCGUCAACCGGCUCACUCAAGGACAAAAUCACGAACGGCGAAGGCCAUGUCUCGCAAGUCGAGGACAACGAGCAGUUAGCGGCCAGAUUCGAGCGGAUGAGUACCGAGUCGGAAGCAACUGAGGCCCCGGGGCAGAAGGAUGGUACUGACGUCCCAGAUUUUCCGCCAGCGAAAUUGCUGCCAAUACCUGGUUCUUUCACGGCGCAAGUUGUUUGCAACAAGAGGGUGACUCCAGAAGACCACUGGCAAGACGUCCGACACAUCGAAUUUGAACUCCGCAGUCCAGGACGCAAUGGGGCCAUGUCCUUUGCCGGUCAAACACUCUUAAUCUACCCUAAGAACUAUCCCAAGGACGUACAAAAGCUGAUUGACUUGAUGGGGUGGAGUGAGGUGGCCGAGCAGAGAAUCGAAAUCGACUGGGUGAAGGGCACUCGGCCAAGAGACUAUCACUUUUUGAAGGAUGCAACAAUUCGCGAUGUCCUGACGCACAAUUUCGACAUUAGCGCCGUCCCCAAACGGACAUUCCUCGAGUUCAUGGCCUACCACACCACCAACCCUCUCGAGAAGGAACGUCUCCACGAGCUCACCCAGCGAGGUGACAGCGACGAGUUCUACGAUUACACCUCUCGCCCGCGUCGAACCAUCCUCGAGGUCCUCGAGGAUUUCCCCGGCGUCAAGAUCCCCUAUACUCGGCUGCUCGAGUUUCCCAUCAUCCGCCCCCGCGAGUUCAGCCUCUGCAAUGGUGGCGAUCCCGCCGUCAACGCCAAGGAUCUGGUCAUCUCCAACGAACAAGACACUACUACUACUACUACCACCGAUGUUUACAAGUUCGAAAUCCUUGCCGCCCUGGUCCAUUACCGUACCAUCAUCCGCAAACCCCGCCAAGGCCUCUGCUCACGCUAUCUCCGCCACCUCCCCGUCGGGACCACCGUCCAAAUCGGCAUCAAGCCGCCCAGCAGUCCCUUCGCCAUGGACGACCCGUCCUUCUACUCGCGACCGCUCAUCGGCGUCGCCACGGGGACUGGCAUCGCUCCGUUUCGCGCUUUGCUUCAGGACCGUUGUCUCGUCCAAGAAGACCAGCAAAAGCUGGGCCCAACCCUCCUCUUCUUCGGCUGCCGCAACGCUGCAGCCGAUUUUCACUUCCAGGCGGAAUGGGGGACUGUUCCCAAUCUAACCGUUUACCCCGCAUUCUCCCGGGACAACGACUCGUCCUCUACCGAAGAAGAAGAAACCAAACUUGCCCUCCAACGAGCAGCAGGCAUCUACGACGCAGGCAAGAACUACGUCCAAAACCAAAUCCGACAGCACGCCGCCGAGGUUGGUGAGUUGUUGAGGCAAAAUCCCAUUAUUGUCGUCUGCGGAAAUAGUGGGAGGAUGCCCAAGAGCGUGAGGGAGGCGUUGGAGGAUGCGGCGGUUGGAAGUGGGGUGGUGGCGGAUAAGGAGGAGGCGAAGGGGUGGUUUGAUCGGAAGGAGAAUUGUGUCUAUUGGCAGGAGACUUGGUAGGUUUGAGAGUUGCUGUGUUUGGUGGUUGGCUGGUUGUUUGAGGUUUGGUAUGGGAUGACAUGGGGGAGGUGAGCGCGGAAUGGGAUGGGAACCCAAAGUGGAGGAGGAUGAAGAGGAAAGGACGAAAGGAAGGAAAAGGCGGAGAAAGGAAAGCAGAUAAGAUGAAGCAUAGGGUGAAGAGGGCUUUUCAAAAGGGGUGGUUGGGUUGGUUUAGAGUUAUGCACAUAUAAACCAAGGCUGGAAAGGUACAAGUAGAAAAAGCCUGGUUUUUCAUUUGAAGUGCUCGCGACCUCGAGAACAUUUUAUC